GCGGGUCACGUGACGGCCCGCCGCUGGAACGCGAACGCGCGCCCCGGCGGGGCCUGUGCGCUGCGCGCGUGCGCGAGCGGUGCAGCACCAGCCGCGGGAGCAGGGAGUAUUAUGGGCUGUGGGUGCCGCUGAGCAAGAUGGAGCUGUCUGCAGUGGGCGAGCGGGUCUUCGCGGCCGAAUCCAUCAUCAAGCGGCGGAUCCGCAAGGGACGCAUCGAGUACCUGGUGAAAUGGAAGGGGUGGGCCAUCAAGUACAGUACUUGGGAGCCCGAGGAGAACAUCCUGGACUCGCGGCUCAUCGCCGCCUUCGAGCAGAAGGAGAGGGAGCGUGAGCUGUAUGGGCCCAAGAAGAGGGGACCCAAACCCAAAACUUUCCUGCUGAAGGCCCGGGCCCAGGCAGAGGCCCUCCGCAUCAGUGAUGUGCAUUUCUCUGUCAAGCCGAGUGCCAGCGCUUCCUCGCCCAAGUUACACUCCAGCGCGGCCGUGCACAGGCUCAAGAAGGACAUCCGCCGCUGCCACCGCAUGUCCCGCCGCCCCCUGCCCCGCCCGGACCCCCAGGGCAGCAGCCCAGGCCUGCGCCCGCCCAUCUCGCCCUUCUCCGAGACCGUUCGCAUCAUCAACCGCAAGGUGAAGCCGCGGGAGCCCAAGCGGAACCGCAUCAUCCUCAACCUGAAGGUGAUAGACAAGGGCCCGGGCUCCGGGGGCGCCGGGCAGGGGGCCGGGGCGCUCGCCCGCCCCAAGGUCCCCUCCAGGAACCGCGUCAUCGGCAAGAGCAAGAAGUUCAGCGAGAGCAUCCUGCGCACGCAGAUCCGCCACAUGAAGUUCGGCGCCUUCGCGCUCUACAAGCCCCCGCCAGCCCCGCUGGCGCCCCCACCGGCCGGCAAGGCCGACCCGGCCGCCUCCCCGGGCCCCGGGCUGCUCCUGGCCCCGCCCGCGGCCCCCUACGACGCCCGCAGCUCCGGCUCCUCGGGCUGCCCCUCCCCCGCGCCGCAGUCCUCCUCUGACCCCGACGACACGCCCCCCAAGCUGCUCCCCGAGACCGUGAGCCCCUCCGCUCCCGAGUGGCGGGAGCCCGAGGUGCUCGACCUGUCCAUCCCUCCGGAGGCCGCAGCCAGCAGCAAGCGGGCGCCUCCCUCCGAUGUCGCGCCAGCCGCCGUCCAGGCACUUCCUGCGGCCCCCGAGCCCACCGGUGCCUCCUCUGAGCCCGAGGCUGGGGACUGGCGCCCGGAGAUGUCGCCUUGCUCCAAUGUGGUCGUCACCGAUGUCACCAGCAACCUCCUGACGGUCACUAUCAAGGAAUUCUGCAACCCCGAGGAUUUCGAGAAGGUGGCUGCCGGGGUAGCAGGUGCUGCUGGGGGCAUUGGUAGCAGUGGGGUGAGCAAGUGAGGGGCGUCCCCCUCGGGAGGGGGGGUGUGGGGGGGCCCUUCCAUCCGAAAUCACUCUUGUGCUCCCAUCCCACCUCUGCCCUUAGACCUGCCUGCCUGUGCUUCGCUUGUCUCAAAUGGCUAGGUGCUGACCCAGGGAUGGGGCCGGGCAGUUGGCCCCCACGAAGGCCAGUAGGUGGGGUUGGGGCCGGGCACUGAGGAAGGCUCCCUCCUGUCUCUUGGCACCGUCCCUGCCCAUGCACAGUGGGGCCUUCUGUGUGGUUUCUGGGAAGACCCGGACCUGGGGUUCACCUGCCCCGCCGCACGGCCACAUCCCGCCCCGGCGUCUCUCCCAGCUUGCUUCUUGCUCUCGUGUACAGCGUCUGAUCUCGGUGCUAACUCGGCAGCUGAGGGGCCUUUAGGAGACCCCACCUAGGGCGGGCACAGCCCCUUUCCUCUGCCCAUCUGGCAAAGCCCUGGAGUGAAAGAUGAGGCCAGGUGGGUUCCUCUGCACACCAGCGAGCUUGGCAGCCACUUCGGGACCAGGCCCAUACGGGCCCCUGGUGCCCACCCCUGCCGUUCUGAACCCAGAACGCAUCCUGCCACCACCUCUGGGCAUCUAAGGGACCUUGCAAUUCUUGACCAAACGUUCUGCAAGCUCCUGCUGUAGAGACUCCAGCUGUGUGUGUGUGCCUACCCUGGGCAAGUGUAUACGUGGGUCUGUGUGUGCAUUGGGUGCUGGGUGCCAGCCUUUCCUGAUGGCACCUUUACUACACCUCGGAACAGGGUCUUAAAGUCCUGGCCCCGGCCUGCCUUGGCAAAGUCUGGCAUGGUUGGGUCUGGGCAGUUUGCUGUGGGAGCCCCAGGCCUCCUUCCAGCCCAGUGCACUGGGGGCAGUGAGCCCUGGGCCCUACUACGGAAGUGGUCAGCCUGGCUAGUUGGGCCUGGCUUGCGGUCAUGGCCUGGUAGGGAUUGUGGCAGAGCCAGAGUCCACACCAGCCUCCGUCCACCCAGUGGUUGGGGAGCAAGGAGGAGACCAUGGAGACUUCCUAAGCAUCUCUGCCUUCUCCCAUUCCCUCGCUUAGGCUUCUGACCAUGAGGCUUUUUCAGAGCCCAGCCUGCUCGAAGCCACGGGAUGCCAGGUGCCCGGGCAGCUUCCAUUGCUCUGUGCUGCCUGGGCACCAAGGUCCCCAUGCCAGCAGCAGUGACCAAAGCCCUACUUUUAGGUUGGGCACUGGGAGGUAGGCCAAAGGGGAGAGACCCCAUGUUCAGGGUGGCAAGGGGAUUAGUUGCCGGGGGACUGGCCUACUUUUGACUACUGCCUGGGACGCAGUUGAGUGUGGCUGGCACGUUCCUGCAUGUGGCUGGAGCUGGUUUCCGGGUGUGUGCAGCAGUGGGUACCUCGUUCAGAAGCAGGACAGCAAGAGGCGGGCGGGACGGGGACCUGAUGAGAUGGGCAGCACCUUGGUCCUUAGAGGAGGAUACUUCUGCGUCUCCUGGCCGGGCUGCUGCACGGCCCCCCCUCUGCAUUGCUUUGCUUGCAGGGUAUAGAACAGGGGCCCUCACAGGGCUUGAGGGGUGGCCCUCCGGCCUCCCCCACCACGCCACCCUUUGUGCAGACCCUGUGACCAUCCAAGUGCCAAUUGGCUUUUCCUCCAAAUAAGGGCUGGUAUUUCUCCUCUGUCCUCAGAGGUGAUUUCCCCCAACCCCUUCCCAGGUGCCACUCACCUGGGUACCCGUUACAGGUGUUUCCAGAGACCAUAGAAAUGUGUUUUCCUGAGAGUCUGUGUCAUUGGUGACUUUUUUUGUAAAGAAGUUGUGUUUUCAGAGGUGAUUUUAUGACAGGAAAGUGAAAGAAUUAGUUUUGCAAAAAAAAAAAAAAAAAAAGGGAAAAAGCAAAAAAAAAAAAAAAAGGAAAAAAAGAAAUAGAAAAAACUAUUGUGGGGUUCCUAAGGGAGUGGGGUGGGGGGAGAAAGAGAUAUUUAACGAGAACCUAGUAGCGUGGCAUUGCACAGCCGAGGUGGCGAGGUUAGGGGGGCUGGGCCGGGCGGGGGCUGCUGGCAGUGUGGACCCAGCCUGGCCUCCGGCCACCUCCCCUCUUUAGCUCCAGGUGGGUGAGACUUCCUUGCCCAGCUGGGCCCAGACUUCCACACCCGUCCUUGUCCUUGCUUGAAGGGAAGGCAACAGCCUGUCCCAGGGGAGCUGGCCUGAAGCUGGGGUGCCAGGCAGACAGAGGCCAAGGGCUCCGAGACUCGGCAACCGCGGGGGUCUGCAGGGACCUCCACCAGCCUGUGGUUGGUGAUUUUCUCCAGGAAGCCUGGUGAGUAGGCAGUUUGGUUCUUGCUGUCCUUCCUUUGCCAGCUUGUUGGGCCAUCUGGUCCCUACCACUGCCAUUCCAUGGGAGGACAGUCCCUCCCGUCACCCCAAAGACCCUGACAUCCCUGAGCUUCCCUAGCAGGAGAGGGAUGCAGGCUGCACGGAGCUGUGGGCCCCUGGAGACUGUGUCGGGGUGGUGGAGAGACGGCGGUGCCAUCCCUCUCCCAGGCUCUCCCAGGGGCAGCGCCUGGUGCCCACUGCCUGGAGGCAGAUGCCUUCCAAGGGGCUGAGUGGGCACUGGAUCCACAGCAAGCCAAGCCCCCCGCCCCCAUCUCCCAGGGGGCGCAGUGCAGGCCCUGACCACACUCCUGCACGCAGCUCGGCCUCCUGCGGGCCCUCCUCUGCCCCGUGCUGCUUUCCCAUUUGCCUAAUUACCAAGCAGAAGUUGCAAUCUGGUUUGCUUUAUUUUUGUAUGUGAAAUAACCCCCAAAGCCCAAUCUCCCACGUCCAGUAUUUCGUGGGCAUCAGUUAUCUCCUCUUAAACGCACCCCUGCCCACCCAUGUGUCACAGGAAACAGGUGGAGUCUGGUGCCUCUGGGUUGAGUAGGAAAGUGGGGACCCACCCGUCUUGUUUCUCCUCUCCCCUUGGUCUGCACUUCCACAAAGCCGUGUCGGGACGGCAAGACCUUGGCUGAGGCACUGCUGGCAUCUAAGGCCCAGCGUUGCUCUGAGCACCCACAGACGCCUUUAUUCUCAACUCUGGAAAGAGUAAGGUCAGAGUGAGCCUCCUGCCUCUGAUUGGGGAGAGGCGGCCAUUGAUCAGUGGAGUAGGGCAGGAGGGAUUGCACCCUACUUGAGAGGCAGCACAGCUGCUUUCCUGGGGGACGUGGCAGGCCUGUAGCCUAGGCUGCCCUGGCCUUUGGGGAACAGCCCUUUUAAGGAUGGGGAACCCCAGGCCAGCACAAGGUAGUAGGCAGAUGCUCGAGCCGGGCAGCUUACGGCUGGAGGGUCAGCCCAGAGCAGGAGCUUGGUCAGUCCUGGGUGUGGGGGUUACCUUCUCUGGGCACCCAAGAAGAUGGCUCCCCUUCUUCUGUUUUCUGUGGUUUGGUUUUGGGGUUUUGUUUUGUUUUGUUUUUCUUUUUGCACUUCGCCCACGCUGGACAGUGGAGCCCUGGCUGGUCAGUUCUGCUCCCGGGCUCCCAUGCACUAACCCAAGGCUGCCUCUUUGGGGCUUGUAUGGUUUGAGGAAUCACUUUUUAAAAGAAAAAAGAAGUUUAAGGGUUUUACUUUUUUGCUCUGUUUGCAUCUCCUCUCAAUUCAGAAAGCCCAGGAUGAGGGGCUAGAGCCCCAGGAGAGGGCUCUCCGGCCCCCUUUCUUACUAACAUCAGGAUAGGGAGGUGGGGAGCUGGUUGGGUAGGGGUCCAGGACCGCACCUCCCAGCCCGCACAUCCCCUCAAGCCUUGAAGAAGUGAGCACUCGGCUCCACCAGUGGGUGAGCACCUACUGUAUGCAGAGCAUCAGCUAGGCUGCGGGGGCUGCUGGUCUAGUGGGGAACCCACUCCCGCGGGGCCAGGUAGGAGGCUGCUGCCCGCCCUUGCUGGCUGUUGGGUGCAGGGCAGAUGGAGAUGACUUCCGUUGGUUUUAAUUUAAAAACACAAAGGCCUGAAGAAAUAAUGUAUCUUAUAAUUUUUUUAAUUUUUGAGAAGCUCAUUUAAUGAAUUGUGCACGAAUGGAUUCUAUAUAUAUAAAAAUAUACGUAUAUAGCUCUAUAUUUGGGGAGGGGCACUGUCUCUUUUUCUCGCGCGCAUUUUUAAGAUAAAGUGUCGUUGCCUUUGUCUGUGGUUCAACCAUCCAGCGCCCAGCUGGCUAAACUUUGCCUCCAGUGGUCAGAGGUGGGAAUGUAGUAGGCUGGCAGGAGGGGAGCGGGGAGGGUCCCCUGCCCACCCUGCCCCUCCCGGGGAGGACUUCCGUGGAAACGGAGGGUUUCUUUUGGGUGUGGGUUCGGUUCUCUUGUUUCGGGUUCAGUGAAUUCUGGGCCGGGGGAGGGCAGGUUCGUGCUGAUUACUCUGUCUUGUACGUUUUGUUCUGCUGCUCUUCAAUAUUGUAUGCCAGGAAAGGGGAGUGAAAAGCCUUUUACCCCCCAAAUAAAUUGUCACAUUCCAAAA